UAUUCAAACGAAGUUAUUAUUAUCCCGGAUAAUGAACCAGUCUCAGAAGAAACGGUUAACCAUUCAUAUGAACUCGAAGAAUUAGGAUUCACUGAAGAAGAACGGUAUAUAUAUAAGGAACU